AUGGAGGUUCCCACAUUGUACAUCUUUUUCUCACACUCUCGCAUCAUUUCUGGCGCUUUUUAAAAACACUUUCACGCUUCCCACUACACCAUUCCACCCAAAAGCUUCGUUUGCUUGCAAAUCUCUCAAUCCCCCCCCGCCCCCCAAAAAAAAUUCUUUGGAAUAGAGCUGGUUAGCUAGCCAACAAUGGCGGGGUACAGGGCUGACGACGACUACGACUACCUGUUCAAAGUGGUCUUGAUCGGAGACUCGGGCGUGGGCAAGUCGAACCUUCUCUCCAGGUUCACCAAGAACGAGUUCAACCUCGAGUCCAAGUCUACCAUUGGCGUCGAGUUCGCCACUCGGACCUUGAACGUUGAUGGCAAGGUCAUCAAGGCCCAGAUUUGGGAUACUGCUGGCCAAGAAAGGUACCGUGCCAUCACCAGUGCAUACUAUCGAGGAGCAGUAGGUGCACUUCUUGUUUAUGACAUCACUCGUCAUGCAACAUUUGAGAAUGCCGACAGAUGGCUGAAAGAAUUGAGAGGCCACACAGAUACAAGCAUCAUUGUGAUGCUUGCUGGGAACAAAUCCGAUCUUCGCCACCUAGUAGCUGUUUCAACUGAAGAAGGUAAAUCCUAUGCUGAAAGGGAAUCACUUUAUUUCAUGGAAACUUCAGCACUGGAGGCAGUAAAUGUAGAAAAUGCCUUUGCUGAAGUACUGACUCAAAUCUACCACUCUGUAAGCAAGAAGCAAAUGGAAGGAGGAGAAAAUGGGGAUGCUUCAUCUGUUCCAACGAAAGGAGAGAAAAUAAACCUCAAUGAUGAUAAGUAUGGUUUGAAAAAACUUGGUUGCUGCUCAAGCUAGAUUUGAUAAACAUAAUUUUAUCGGCUGGAUUCAACUUCUUUGUACCGAGUGUUAUUUUAAGCGGGACCCGAAGAGGGUAAUUUUCUUGGGGGUGUUAAAGCUUAGUUUGUUAAACCACGAUGCAUGAGAUGUAGGAGCAGAAUAGUUGCGAAAACGGCAUGGUUUUCCAGUUCCUAUUA